AUGGCAGCGAUUGCAAGAAACAACGCGUUUGGUGCUGGGGCUCCCAGCUGGAAUCUCUCAUUCCCAGCUGGUGAGAUUACUGCGGCGGAAAUCACAGCCUAUUGUCCACACUGGUUGAAGUCCAUCGAUGUCAUCAGCCGGUUUCUAUCUCACGGAGCCCGCACGAUUCACAUCGCGGCAUUGCUCAACGAGUUCCGUUCCUUCCCUGAUAAUAAGGUUUUCAACACCAACUCGACUUUGGUGAUGAUGUCUUACGCCAUGCGCAAGGCAGGUUUCGAUGGAUGGUGCGUGAUGAAGCACUUUGACUUCUCACGCGACCACUUCCUCCCAGAGAGCGGACUGAAUGUCACAAAUUUCCGCACACCCUGCAUGAUCCAGCCCAGGGAUAAGGGUUCGGAGGCAUCAAGCCAUGCUACCAACCAAGAGGUGCGCCCGGUAGCAUUCAAGGACUUGGCCAAACAUGUUAAGAAGCACCCCUCCGGAGACGACGCGCUCGACCUGGCAAGAUGCGUGCAAUAUGCAGUUGAGCACCCGGACGAGGUAUGGCUGUUCCCAACAGACUUCCAACGCCUCACUGCACACCUCGGUGGACCAGCGACUAUCACGCCCAACCAUCUCGACGAGGAGGUGUUCGCUCGCCGUGACGACGUCAAACUUCCAACUACCAAGCGCAAGAGGUCUGCUGCCAUUAAGCCGAUCUCUUCAAACAAGCAGUCCACCAACAAACAACCUACCAAACCGCGUAGGUUUAUCCAUGUCGUUCCUCAGUCAGGUCCCUCGAAGCCGCGAAAGCGAGGAAACGACCACCUCUCCAAGGACACCAACUCUGCCGAAGAGUGUGAGGCUGGUCACAAAGAGAACGAACCAUUCGGACAGCUUGCCAAGAAGCGCAAGCUCUCUCGUGGUCGUGCAACCUACAACGCAUUCGUUGACGACGAGGAAUUUCUCCCUGCUGAGGUUGAGGCCAACGAGUACAUUCCGGUGGGGGACUUCAGCGCGCCUGAGCAAAACGAGCAGCCUCAAAGUGAGGUUGAGAGGAGCAUCGCUCUCCGCAAGGCUCGCGAUGGCAAGCGGGCGGCUGUCGAGCCUGACACUGCUGCUCCCCAAUUCGAUCAAUACACACCACCAUACGAACAAUCUUACGAAAAAACCGACACCGCCGCCGCCGACCCCCUUCCCGCCUUCCUCGCCCCUCCCAACCUCCCAGCCAACCGCCUCCAAAUCACUGGCCAAACCCUCCAAAAAUACGCCCUGCCCCCCUUCCGCUCCCAAAGCGACAUGUUCACGACCGCUUUUCACUACAGGCGCUUCGGUAACGCCCGCCAGUCCGCUCCGUACCGCGAGCUGCACGCCUUGUGCUGUCUCGAUAAUGACGACAUGGGAGACUGGGCGGAAAACAUCCGCUUCGCCAAAGAGCAGUGGGUCUACUAUGGAUCUAUCUGGACCGAGUUCCCUGGCCAUCUUGAGAAGAUCAGGAAGGCCCGGCAGGAGUGGGGCUGGAAGAGUACGGAAGCUAUUCGCGCGGAUGCGCUGAACGGCUCUCGGGCCACGUAA